CGAAUGUUACCAUCAGCACAAAAACUUCGGGCUCUCUUCACACGCAAAACUUUCAUCUUCUUCCCCUCUCUCUCUCUCUCUCUCUCUCUCUCUCUGUCACUCGCACUCUGCUCUUCCACCAGCUCUUUUGACUAUUCAAACCGUUUACUCCGUGGACUUCCUUCCUCCUCCCUCCUCCUCCUCAUGUGAAGCCCCUCACCCUUUCCUUCGUCCUCCACUCCCCCCCGCUCCCUUUCAGGAGUGAGGGUUCUCCCCGUCUUGCCCAGGCGGAUUCCCAGGAUUCUGAGCAAGCAUGGAGCGUGUUAUGGGCCGAAGCUUUCGCCUUGUUCUCUUUAGUUUGUUUCUCCGGUUAUUGCUCUGUGUAGUUCCGAUCCACGGGGACGAGCGCGAUGUCGAUUGCCUGAGAAGCAUAUAUGAAUCGGUCGAAGACCCUUAUCAGUACUUGAACAGCACGUGGAAUUUCAAGAACAACAGCAAAGGUGCCAUCUGCUCCUUCACCGGGGUCGAGUGCUGGCACCCGGACGACAAUAAGGUCCUCAGCAUCAAGCUCGGGAGCAUGAACCUCAAGGGGCCUUUCCCUCUCGGCCUCGCGAAUUGCACGAGCCUGACAGGGUUGGACCUCUCGAACAACGACUUCUGGGGACCUCUCCCUGCCAAUAUGUUGAAGUUCGUUGGGUUCUUGACUACCCUGGUCCUCUCUUCGAAUAACUUCUCGGGUCAAAUCCCUGCAAGCCUCUCGGAAUGCAAAUAUCUGAAUGUGCUCAAUCUGGACCACAACCGGUUUUCGGGUCAGAUUCCUCCAGAGUUGGGCUUGCUUUCGCGGAUAAAGACAUUCAGUGUUGCCAACAAUCUUCUAUCGGGGCAGAUCCCAAAGUUGCAGAAUAAUUUUACAGCAGAAGACUUUGCUAAUAAUCUUGGGCUCUGCGGAGGGCCUCUAGAUCCUUGUCUGCUUAGUCCGAAGAGCUCGAACACUAAAAUUAUUGCAGGAGCUGCGAUUGGUGGUGUGACUGCUUCAGCUCUAGUUAUUGGCGCCGGGCUAAUCUUCCUUCUCCGUAGAGCUUCGGUGAAGAGGAAGCGGCUGGAGGACCCUGAAGGAAAUAGAUGGACGAAGAGCCUAAAGGGAAGCAAAGGAGUUAAGGUAUCCAUGUUCGAGAAGUCGGUUUCUAAGAUGAAACUAGGGGACCUCAUGAAAGCUACGAACAACUUCAACAAGAACAACAUAAUCGGAUCGGGAAGGACUGGGACCAUGUACAAGGCGGUCCUUGAGGAUGGGAUGUUGCUUAUGUGCAAGAGGCUGCAGGAUUCUCAGCAUUCUGAGAAAGAAUUCGUAUCUGAGAUGGCCACUCUUGGAAGUGUCAAGCACAAGAACUUGGUUCCCCUACUGGGCUUCUGCAUGGCUAAAAACGAGAAGAUUUUGAUUUAUAAGUACAUGGAGCAUGGGGCCCUGCAUGAUAAUCUCCAUCCUGAGGAUGACGUUGAAGAGAAGGAAGCCCUUGAUUGGUCCCUGAGGCUCAAGAUCGGGAUUGGGGCUGCCCGAGGACUUGCAUGGCUCCACCACAAUUGCAACCCUCGGAUCAUCCACCGCAACAUAAGCUCUAAGUGCAUCCUAUUGGAUGGAGAAUUUGAGCCCCGAAUCUCAGACUUCGGUCUGGCCAGACUCAUGAACCCGGUUGACACUCACCUCAGCACAUUCGUGAAUGGGGAGUUUGGUGACUUAGGGUAUGUUGCCCCCGAGUACACGAGGACGCUCGUGGCCACCCCGAAAGGGGACGUGUACAGCUUCGGGAUCGUGCUCCUGGAGCUGGUGACAGGGGAGAGGCCGACCCAAGUUAAGCGCGGUGGGGAGAGCUUUAAAGGGAACCUUGUGGAGUGGGUCAUGAUGAUGUCAGGGGAUUCUCGACUGAAUGACGUGAUUGAUGAAUCCCUGCUCGGAAAGGGUGUCGAUAGAGAGAUCUUCCAGUUCCUCAAGGUUGCGUGCAAUUGCGUGGUACCUGGUCCCAAGGAGAGGCCCACCAUGUUCGAAGUCUACCAGCUCCUCAGAGCUAUUGGGGAGCGGUACAACUUCUCGACCGAGAACGAUAUUAUGGUCCCAACAGACAGUGGUGAUGCCCACUGGGAAGAGCUCAUCGUGGCCCAAGACAGCACCACGGUCUGAUCAUCAGAGAGUUAAAGUGAUUAACCCGACCCUGCCCUGCUGCAGUCUGCAAUCUUGUAUUGUAUGUAAGUAUAUAUGCUCUUGUUAGAUAGCUAUUUACAUUUAUACGAUAAAUACAACAGGAAUUUAGGCAACUUAUCUGCAGCUUGUUCGAGAUCACGUUAAAAAGUUGCAUAAUAUGUCGAAUAUAAACUCCAUUUGUGCUUUCUCUACUAAGUGGCAAUUGGGAUUUGAUCGGUUCUGGCUCUGCUUGUUUUUUA